GAUUCUCUUCCUGUCACAUGACUGUACAUAGAGAGACAGAGGAAGAUGUCGGUCAGUGAGAAGCUCCUGCUCUGCCUUCUCUCUCCUGCCCUCCUCAUUGUUACAGCUCAAGUCUCCCCAAUCCAGGUGUCUGGACUAAUAACCCAGUCUGUCAGUCUGGCACCCACUGAGCACUUGGCACAUCCAGUAGAAGAGACAUUAUGGUUUUAUAAAAUCAAUGGAACAAGAUACAGACUGGCAGAUUUCAGGAACCAGCAUCUGAUUAUCCGGCACAGUCAGUUCUUCCAGCGACUGGAGGUUGAUAACAGUGGAACAAGGUUAUGGAUCAGGGAACUGAGGAGUGAGGAUACCGGGAGUUACACAGCAGCCAUUGUACUUCAAGACACAACACAAACAGUAAAACUGGCAUUUACUCUCACUGUGUAUGAGCCAGUUCCCUACCCAGAUAUAAAGAUGGAGAAGGUGUGGAUUACCCCUGACUGGUGCAAUUUCACUCUUCAUUGUUCUGCCCCAACAAAGUCAUCAGCUCUGUCCUACAGUUGGAUGUACAGACACAAAGAGCGGUACCAGCCCUAUACCAAUGGUACCACAAUCCAUGUGUCACUGCAGCCUGAAUCCUGGGAUGAGGAGUAUCUGUGCUUCAUACACAACCCGGCUGACCAGAAAAAUGUCUCUAUUUCCCUUCAGAAAUUCUGCCCUGAUACCAUAAAGGAUAAAAGCUGCAGGAUGAAGCUGUACAUCUACCUGCCAAUACUCACUGCUCUCUCCUUGUCACUAGCAGCUCUCAUCAUUGUCACAAGAACCAAAAGGCAGAACAUCAAUAACACAGGUUAUUUAUAUUCCUGCAACCAAAUGGAAAAGCAUUGAGAACCUUUCAGCCCUUCCCUUUUUGUGUGCACAGAUGAUCAGUGUCAGACUAGAGUGGGCCGGGGGGGCAGGCCCACCGGAGCUGCAAUAUCAGGGGCCCGCACCCCCUGCAACCCCCCUCCCCUGCUACCCCCUCCAGCCCUUUACCCCACCUCCAACACAUAUCUUAGGGAGGGAGACCAUAGGGAGAUCAUCUGUAGGCCCCCUGAGGGCCAGGGUCCAGUCCAACCCUGCACACCGCACUGAAGGGGACAGGUUAGCCGGACCCACUCAGCAGAACAGCCAGCCAUUAGCAUCAAAAGUUUUAGUUCCGCACCACUCCACUGCUUCAGGCCCUCGGUAAAUACAGUCUGGCAGGGGAUGGGCGGACCUGCUGGUGGGCUGCUACAGCUCCUCUCUCUGACCUCCUUCAUUCUUCCUGCAUCUCCCACCAAUGUAACCAGAGCGCCUAGGGCCCACCAAAGCUGGGGCCCACUGGGUUUUUACCCGGAACCCUGGCUGGCCAGUCCGACCCUGCAGAUGAUGAAGAGCACAGAUGGUGAUGUGUGGAUUAGUGGUAUUGCUUUUCUGUAGAAUUUGAAUGCUCUCAUUUACUACUUCAAGUACUCAGUUGUACCCACAGCAACCAAACAGUGAUAUAUUCUUAUCUACAAGUUAGAAAGGAUUAGGUACUGAUGUUGAGGACCAGGUUUGGCUGUCAUCUGUGUUGCAAUUCAUUCCAUAGAUUUUCAUUUGGAUUGACAUCAGGGCUCUGUGUAGGCCAAUCAAAUUCUUGCACUACUAUCCCAGGAAACUGACUCUGUAUAGGGUUUGCUUUGGUCAAGUUUAUUAUACUUAAACAUGAAGGACGUUCCCCAAAUUGUUGACACAAAAGAGAAAGCAAAGAAUUGAUUAAAGUGGACCUGUCACCUACACACAAAAAACUACAUAAUGAAAGUCCUUUCCAAAUUAAACAUGGAAC